AUGUCUUCAUAUCAAACAGCUCCAUAUACACAUUUCCAUGAACUAGUCGAUACAUGGACUAAACAUGCACAAGCCAUUGAAACACAAGUAAAAAAUCUAUCUGAGAAAGCACGUGUACUUGGUACUUCAUCAGAUACACCAGAAAUUCGCUCAAGAUUAGAUGAAGAUGUACGCCGUCUUCAUAAUCUUGCAACAAACACAAAAACUGUAUUAAAAGAAUUAGCUGAUGAAAUGACAAAAAGAAGAAAAGAAUUAUCACGAAAUGAUUUAGUUAUGGUAACAAAAAUAAAAACUGAUAUGAUUAAUGCAUUGAAAAAUUAUGAAGAUGUUAUUACAAAUGUUUGCAAAGGACGUCAACAAUAUCAGCCUACAAGUAAUGAUACACUAAUCGAUUGGGAAAAUGCAAAUCUUAGUGAAGAUGAUGUUCAUCGACGUUUACAAUUACAACAACAAAUGAAAAUGAAUAAUAAUUUAUUAAUUAAACAGAAUGAAGAACAGUUUGCUUUCGAAGAACAAGUGCAACUUGGACAGGUAAGAAUAUCAAUAUAA